AUGGCAUCAUUUCUUAAAUCCAUCGGUAGUCUGAUCACUGGCAGUGAGCCUUCUACACCUACGAAUGAGGAAGCUCCACAACCUACGCAGGAAGCAAAGGACCAUCCUGAGGUGGAGAUUGAUCAAGUACCACCAACCGACCUGAUUGUCAAGGAUUGUGCAAGCUGUGCAGAAGAAUGCGAAGAGCAUCAACAGUACCCAUCCUAUCUAGAAUUCGAUAAAGAAAGCCCUCUUCUAGGUAGUAUGUCUCCAUACGGCCGUCAUUUCAUGAUCAGUACAGCUCAAUGCGACUGGCCUGCACGUAUUGAAGAAGAUUACGGCACAUUAGCCGCCAACCUACAAGCUUUACUGGUCAAUAACCCAAUGCCAUGGCGAACAUUUGUCACCAACACCUCGCUCAUCGCCACCCAUUCAACCACUGUCAACUGUGGGCUUGACGUGAUUGUUCUGCCCGAGAAUAUUGUGAUUGGUAAUGUCACUCCCGACGAUGCUCAACUGUUGUAUGACGUAUUUGUAAAGCUACCAUUGCCAACAACUGACACUACUGACAUCAACAUGUUCAAAAAGUUUGAUCUGCAAGAAUUGGCUGUAUACCCCAACCCAUACGACUCGAUGAUCUUGAUCUGUUCGCAUAGAAAGAGAGACAAGCGUUGUGGUGUCACAGCACCGAUAUUGAAUCGUGAGUUCGAUCACGUAUUGAGAGAUAUGGACAUUCAUGAUGGCGAAGGAGGUACCUCUGUCUUUAUGGUGAGCCAUGUUGGAGGGCAUAAAUUUGCAGGAAACGUGAUUUGUUACAUAAACAAAGGUAAAACUGGAAUAUGGUACGGCCGUGUCAAAUCCUGCCAUUGCCGUGAAAUUAUAGAAGAGACGAUUGUCAAGGGAAAAGUGAUCAAAGAGUUAUACCGUGGAUCCAUGAAUCACAGUUUUGGAAAUGUAGACCAAAACAAGUGCAAUCGGAUCAAAUGGUGA